CCCACUGAGUCCUGUCUAGUGCUAAACUUAGCCCUGACAGAACAGCCUCUCUUCACAACAUACUCUGCGGACCACACUGUGUUACAAUGGAAGGUGUCCAGUUACCACAGAUGCUGCUGUAUCUCACUAGUGACGCUGGAACAACAAGAUUUGACUCAACAGGUAACACUGGCGAUGGAGAUGAAUCAAGAGAACCAGAGUGAGGAGCUGGAUUUGUCCUCAACACAGCAAGAAACUCAGGAAACAAGUCCAAAUGGGCUUCCAGUGACAUCAGAGGCUAAAAUCGUACCUCCACAGCCCUCAGCCUCCAGUUCAGCUCCAUCCUUCUCCUCUCUGCUACCAAAAGCACUGUCUGCUGUUCUUCAUCCAAUGCUGCCCCCAGGCCUCAGUUCUGACCAGCACACCCCUCCAAACCUGGAACAACUGCAGAACGAACUGAGGGACCUGAGGGACCAGUUUUCACAGAUGAAGAGUCAGCACAACAAAGAAAUUAAGCUUCUGAUGAAUGAGCUGGAUGAGGAGAAAAGAAUUCGAUUGACUUUACAGAUGGAGAUCCAACGCAUAAAGAAACACAUGUCUAAAUGACGUGACUGAAGACACUCGGAUUUCAUUCAGAACAAGACUUACAUACUUACAUUAUGAAGAUGUUGAAGAAAAAUGAAGACUUUUAAGACACUUCUGGUGCAAUUGUUUCUGAUGAAAAUACAGCCUGGUGGAAAUGGGUUCUAUGUGGAUUGCUGGCUAAGAGGACCGCACAUUUUUACUUAUUUAACAAGUCCAAGUCAGCAGCAAAUAAGUUUUGGUUCAGUGAGUAAGAGGUGACCUUUUUAGUCUGUUUUAUUUUACCUCUGUAGAUGGAUCAUUAGUGACCGUAUGCACAACAUCUAUAGGGUCCCUGGUGGAAAAGAGCCUCCUAAAGUGGCUGGUCAUGUUCCUUGCUUUUCCACAGAGAGCAUUAUGCAAAAAAAAUAAAAUAAAAAAUAAAAAUUUCCAAACAUUUGAACCCUUCUGAGAAUUAGACAUUAUCAAAAAGAGAGACUGUGUUUGUAUUAAUGUGAUGUAAAAUCAUCAGUUUCCAACAUGACUGAUGGUGAAUACAUGUGUUUUGUAUAUAUUUACAGUUUUACUGUAGUUUACCUAUUUAUGGUACAAAAAUAUAUAUUGAUACUGAUGUCUAGGGCCUUCAUCAAUACAGUAAAGAAACUCAAACUGCACAUUGACUUAAGGUUUUAUUAUUUUAUAAUCAAAUAUAUUGCCAUAUAAAUAUAAAUACAAAAGUUUCUGUGUCAUAUUUGUUUGAAAAAUCUUGUAGUUUGUGAAGAGUUUUGUUGCUGCAACACUGUAUAUACACUGUACAUCAUGUGGUAUAUUACAUUUUAAGAUCUCAAAUGAUCACAUUAUGUCAGAUACUGUGCUGUGGGUUUUAUAUUAUCUGAUCUGUUGGAGGGUGAGUCAGCAGAAUUUACUCUGGUGCAGUCGAUAAAAUCCUUGACGUAGUGUCAGAAGUUAUACUCCUCACAGGGAAUGGGCCUGAAGGUGACCUCUUCAUUCUCUGGAAGAAGGAUGUCAUAUCGACAGAGAGGCCUGUGCAGCACAAAUACACAUGAAAUAUCAUCAGUAAUUGCUAUAUUAAUGUAGAACAAUGGUUCACAAACUCUUUCAGGUAAAAAAUAAAUAAAUUUCAUGUCUCCUUGGGACCCAAAUUUAGAAAAAAACAUAUACCUUGAAUUGCCCCAGUAUCUAUGUUUUUACUGGUUUCUCAGUAAAAACAUUGUAUGAAUCUCCAUUUUUUUUUAAAAACUCAAAGAACAGAUAAGAAAAGCUGUAGCACUCUUCACUGUUUUUUAAUGAUGCAAACAGACAAACAUUUCAACUCCACUGUGUUUUCUUCUCUCCCUUUUUCUUCUAGUCAUUGAUGUUAGCUGAAAAGCAUUUGAUUUUGCUGAUCUUUGCCAAAAGAUGCAUUGAGAACAUUAGUCUGUCUCUUUUUCUUGUCUUUUAUUUUUUGUUGUAUCUUUUCUGUAAAUUUACCACUAUUUCUUUUACAUAGUUUCCAUCAUGUUACAACUUUACAUUUUUUACAUCUUGUUACACCUGUUUCAUGCAUGUCUUUCAUCACUUUACUCUUGUAUUGUGGUCUUUGUUUUUGUUUUUGGGUGUUUUUUACACCCCGUACCUCUCAUCUCCAUUUCACAAAGGAUAUAAUCAGCACACUCUUUUAUUUUAGUUACAGAAAAUGAAUUCACAUAUCCUAUUAUUGUUAAGUAUUUUACUCUGACAUUUGACAAACCAAUAAAAAUGGCUAAACAAUGCA